GUCAUCUUCAAAUCAUCAUCAAUUCAUUCAUUGAAUCAUUGAAAUCAUUGAAUUCAUUUACAACUUGGCGUAAUAUUUUGUGGUUAGAAAUUAGUAAUAUCGCCAAAAUCGCCUGAUGUUUUUUGUAGUAUUCUUUAUCUAAAUAAAUCAUUCUAGCGUCUCAAAUUUCCUAUACCCAAAAAUUUUGACCUACACUGAACGAACAAUUUGUAAAUUUCAAUACAAGCACUUAACUUCAGUUUGUUUAUUUGGGAUUUGCGAAUCAAACAGCACACAUGGGGCGAGAUCGAGAUCGCAGCAGUUCGCGGCACCGCAGCCGCAGCCGCGAGCGCCGCAGAAGCCGCGACAGAGGGCGGGAGCGCAGCAAGGAGCGGCACCGAUCUCGAGAGCGAAGCAAAGAUCGACACAGAGACAAAAGUGUAGACCGGAAAGAUCGCAGCAGAGAGAGACAUAGCAAGGAGCGCCAGAGAGACCGGAAGCCCAGAGAGCAUAGUCACAGCCGAGAGAGGUCUCACAUGUCUCAUAAGGACAGGGACAGUGACCGCCGUGGGGAUGAUCGGGCACGUAGCUCUUACAAAGACUUUGGUGGCGGAGGUGGGCUCGGCUCAGGCGGAGGUUUUGGCUCUGGUGGGGGAUUUGGAGGAGGCCUAGGUAGCAGUGCGACUGGCACUGGCGGCGGUGUAGGUGGCCGAGGACGCUACAAGCCACAGGAGGAUGACUUUUUGGAUGCACGUCGUGAGCAACGAGAGCGCAUUGGCGAGCUUGGAGUACCUGCUGUUUGGGGCAAGUCACCACAGAGGCCAGACUCUGAUGAAGAGUCCGAACCAGAGAACAACAAAAAAAGCAAAGAUAAGAAAAAGAAAAAGUCCAAAGACAAAGAGGACACCAAGCAGAAGCUGAAGAAGCUAAAGAAAAAACUGAAGAAGGUGAAGAAGGCGCGUAAAAAAGCUAAAAAGAAGUCCAAAAGUUCUUCCAGUGACUCCAGCUCGAGUGAAGAAGAGGUGUGGGUGGAGAAAGGAAAAGAGCACGAAGUCCCCGGCGCCCAGUCGCUGUUGGCGGAGGACUCGGCGGCCCCGGGCCCGGCGCCGGCGGGGGCGGGGGGAACAGGGACAGGCCCGCUGCGCGAGUUCGGGCGCGCGCUGCUGCCGGGCGAGGGCGCCGCCAUGGCCGCCUUCGUGCAGGACGGCAAGCGCAUCCCGCGCCGCGGCGAGAUCGGCCUCACCAGCGACGAGAUCGCCGCCUACGAGAGCGUGGGCUACGUUAUGAGCGGCAGCAGACAUCGUCGCAUGGAAGCCGUCCGCAUCCGCAAAGAGAACCAGAUCUACUCCGCGGACGAGAAGCGCGCGCUGGCCGCCUUCAGCAAGGAGGAGCGCGCCAAGCGGGAGGGCGCCAUCCUCGCGCAGUUCCGGACCGUGCUGCGCGCCAGGACGGCGCGGCGCGACGACGCGUAGCCUGCCGGCGGCGGGCAGGGCGCCUUCC